CAAGGCAAGAAGCAGGAGCCAGACGACGACGAUGACGAGAACGGUGACGACGUGGACGAAGACGCCGAGAACGAAGGCGCCGAGGACCAAGCCGACUGGGACGGCAACGGCCGGCGGCCUCUUGGCGGAGCCGGUCGUAUCCGAUCAAAUUCGAAGCGCCCCGUGGCGCCAGGCAAGCGCGGGAGGGCCAGCAGGCGAGACGACCCGCGGUCAGCGCUCCUCUCCUCGCUGUCCUGCUCCUGGGUGCCCCUCCUCCUCCGAGAAGCUUGCCCGCAGGAAAGAUUGCCUGGAUGCGUCCACUCGCAAGCAUCGCGGCGGCCUGGCGCAGCCUGGCACACGAAGCCAGGCGGGGAGGAUGGAGAAGAGGAUGAGGAUGGAAUUCACUGGGGAGGGAGGAGGGAUAACGAGCACAGGAAGGGAGGAAUCUGUCAUUGGAUGCCUGCCACAGUAUGGCACUGGCAUGAAACAUUGGCCGAAUGCAGAUGCAUCUGGGCUUCGAUCUGCCGCACGGCUGAGAGAUCUAUGCAACGAGGCGCAGCGCACCGCAACGCCCUCCCCUGGCCCGAAAAUUUCACCACAUGUACGUCUCAGCCGCACUCAGAGUCAAGAUAAUGGCGGAGCAGAACAGAAACGCCCCGCUGUCGCCACGAGCAGAUACGUCACACGAUAGCUCACAGCAGAAGAUGUCCCCAGUCGUAAAAGAUGUCACAAGACAGGUAG